CAGAGAGAAGAAGCAAUGUGCAGGCCAGAAGCAACAACUAUGUUAAGAGGAUGCGGCAGAUUAAUCCACAAGACCAAGGCUCUUUAUAAUCUCCCCAUUCAGCCACAAGGAACCACCAUUUCUUCAUGCUACUUCUCAGUCAAGCGCCACUGUCCCCCUGAGGAACUGCGGGAUUUUGGGCUACCUAAUGCCACAUGGAGUCAGAACCUGAAGAAUCUAUACAACAAGUUCUUGGAACUCAGCAAAAAUGGCAGCUGGGAGCGGAUUCCUUCCCACAACACCAUCGCAGAUCAGUUACAAGGUGACCUUCAAGAAACAAGGAUAGGCAAACGGAUGUUCCUCAGAAACUUAGACAGCGAUGGUCUCGGAUUUGAAUACUGCAUGUUUUUUAACAGGGAUGAAAGGAGAAUGGUCUGUCUUUUCCAACCUGGCCCCUACCUCGAAGGUCCUCCAGGGUAUGCCCAUGGAGGUUGCAUUGCCACAAUAAUCGACAGUACAGCUGGAGCGGGCGCUGUGUAUACAUGCGGUAGCGUCAUGACGGCUAAUCUCAACAUCACCUACCACAAACCCAUACCCCUGAGAUGCACCUUGUUUGUGGACAGCCACGUGGACAAAAUUGAAGGACGAAAGGUUUAUUCAAGAUGUCAUAUCCAAAGUUACGAUGGUGUAAUACUACAUGCAGAAGCCACAGCUCUCUUUAUAAAGGCGAACAAAUAGGCGACCACCAUUCAUGACUACAUGUCCACUAGAGCAGAGCCUGGUCUGCCAUUAACCUCAAGGACAAGGUGGUCUACAGCAUCUAUAUUUUCCUUUGACUUCAUGGCAGCUGAGAAUUACUAAUAAACGUUGGAG